AUGGGACAGGUUCCAUCCGCCCCCCGUGCUCCUCUCGUUCUCACGAGUAACAAAGGAGCCGUCUCUGGAGGCACAGAAGAGAAAACGGAAGAAACAGAAGAAACAGAAGCUGGAGAAAAAAAAAAAAAAGGGAAGAAGAAAAAAGAAAAGAAACCCAAUUGCUAUAGACCAGGGGGUCAGCAGCAUCUGGGCCUAAAGGGGCAAGGUUCGCUAGUCCACUUAGCUUCUUCCAUCCGCCAAAAGCAAACCUCGACAGCGAGCGCAGGUGGAAGCAAAAAGGAUAGAGAGGCAAGACGGGAAUCCUUUUUCUUCUCUCUCCUUUCCACCUCCUGCUCGUCUUUUUCUUUCUCUUCUUCCCUCUCUUCUCCUCCUCAUCUCGGUUUUUAA